AUGGAGAAGUUGAAUAUUGCAAGUUUAUGCCGAUUUUCGAGAUGCUCAAAAGCUUGCUGGGAAGAAGCAACAAGUUCAAAGAACUAUUAUUUGCGAGUUCGAGUUAUGGAAAAUAAGAAGAAUUUCUUGAUUUCAAUCUCCACUGAAUAUCCAUACAAAUGGACUUAUGAAUUGGAUUUUGUUGCUGAAACUCCGACUACAACAAAUGUCACAUACAAAAGACAGUGAGUUUAUUAUCGAUAAUCUCAUCUGUACCACGCGCUCCACCGAAAUAAACACGCAACGCAGACCGCGCCGCGCCACAACAAACAAAAAAGGGAGGGAAUUUGAAUCGUUCAUUUUUCAACCUGCUGAAAACUAGGAUAAAGCUGUUGAAAAAUGAACGAUUCAAAUUCCCUCCUUUUUUGUGUGUGUUGUGGCGCGGCGCGGUCUGCGUUGCGUGUUUAUUUCGGUGGAGAUUUUCGGAUGAGAUUUUCGAUAAUACACAAAACUUGUUGGAAAUACUUGUUUUUAUUCCAGAAAUUCGCCGAUGCCACUUUGGAAAAAGACUGAGAAUGGAAAACUUGUCGAUGUUGUUAUGAAUUACUUCAAAAGUUAUCUUCAAAGAUAUCACAAUACUUUGAAAGGAAUUUCAAUGUUAUUUGAUGUAGGAAAUUAUUCCGGAAUUUCUAGCCCAAAAUCUCACAUUUCAGAAAACUACGACCAAGUCAAAGUUCGUGAAAAACAUCAAGAUUCGAAAUAUGCCAAGUUUGGAGAAUUAGGAAGUCGGAAGUUGUGCGAACACACAAGCAGAUCUUUUAGAAGUUGGAUUUGUUGAUAUGGAUCAAUUGAAAACAAUUACCGGAAAUUUGAAUCUGCCAGCAACGAAAAUCAAACUCGAACACUUGAUGCAAUUUUAAGCGAGAGAAAUUCGAGUCUAUUACACUGGAUUGUCGCCAAAACCAUUGGCACAAUUUAUUGAUGCAUGGGCCGAGGGAAAAGUUCAUGAGAAUUUCAACAAAUUGCAGUAUAUUUGCGAACAACAUUUCCGAGGAACAAAUUCUGGUGUUUCAAUGUUCACUGGUCUUCACGCACAAAAUCAUUUUGGUCGACCAGAUUUCAAAUCAAUUUUCCGAUGGAUUGCAAAUCGACACGAAGAUCAAGAAGAGAUCGGAGUUUUCAGUUGUGGUCCAAAUCAACUUAAUGAAAAAAUAUCUGAAGGUUGUUCAGAAGCAAAUCGAAAUCGUGAAGGUCCCUCAUUUUCACAUCGUUUUGAAACUUUUUAAUUUUUGCAUUACCCUCGAUGUUUUUCUUCGUGCCAGCUUUAUAUUUUUAUUGUUUCAUCCAAAUGUGAUUUAUAUUAUUCUAUUUCUAUACAUUUUUAUGGGUAUUCUCUUUUUUUCUGAAAAAUAAAGCAUUUUUUAUUUUAUAGUACACUGUUAAUUAAAUUGAGUUUGAGUUGAUUUGGUGUUGUCAAGGAGACCAAAAAAUAUAACAACUAGUUUUUUCGAGUAUUAUUUUAUUCCAUUUUAUGCUAUUUUUCGGCAAGGCGGCACUUAAUGAUCACAGUUAUUUUAUCAAAUUCAGACGCAACUAAUUUAGAUCUUGUUAUUUCUGAAAAUGCAGUCAAUCUACAGUAUGAUAUGUUAUGCGAAUUUGAUCAUUUACGAUCAAAAUUCGAUGAAUAUGAAGUUGGAAAAGUUCGAAAACUUGGAUUAAAUUUACAAAAUCGACAGAAUAUAAUUAAACUUCUAGAUGGUGAUGAAAUGGUGAGUGAAAUCGAAUAUUUUAUGACAAAAUCAUAUUCCCACACUUAA